AUGGCGGGGUGUUUCAGCUUCACCGCUCACCGUGACCGCUGCUACCGCUUCUCCUUCUCCAACGCCGGCCUCAAAUCAACCACCACAGAUCUCGGCCGCGGCACAAUCAUGCACUGUUGGAUCCCCAAAACCCACAAAACCUCCAAACCUUCUCUCCUCCUCCUCCACGGCAUGGGAGCCAACGCAAUGUGGCAAUGGAACGACUUCAUUUCCCCGCUCACCCGUCGUUUCAACGUCUACGUUCCUGACCUACUUUUCUUCGGCGAAUCACACACAACCCGCCCCGAUCGGUCCGAGUCUUUUCAGGCUCAGUGCGUUGCGGCUUUAAUGGAGGCUCACGGUGUUCGGUUAAUGAGCGUCGUAGGUAUUAGUUACGGCGGUUUUGUAGCGUAUAGUUUGGCGGUGCAGUUUCCGGAGCGCGUCGAAAAAGUUGUGAUGUGUUGUGCGGGGGUUUGUUUGGAAGAUAAGGAUAUGGAGGAAGGGUUGUUUAGGGUUAAGAGUAUUGAUGAAGCUGCUACUAUUUUGAUUCCACAGACUCCGGAAAAGAUGAAGCAGCUUGUUCAGCUUGCGUUUGUUAAACCUAUUAAUGUUAUGCCAACUUGUUUUCUCACUGAUUUCAUUGAUGUGAUGUGCACCGAAUACCGGCAGGAGAAGAAAGAACUAAUUGAAACAUUGUAUAAGGAUAGAAAACUGUCUAAUCUUCCCAAGAUAACCCAGCCUACACUAAUAAUCUGGGGAGAACAGGACCAGGUAUUCCCACUGGAAUUAGCUCACAGACUGAAAAGGCAUCUGGGAGAGAAUGCACAACUAGUUGUUGUUAAGAAUGCAGGGCAUGCAAUCAAUAUGGAGAAACCCAAGAAACUAUAUAGGAUUUUAAAAUCCUUCCUCAUAGAUUCUGUUACUUCAUCAAUGCAAGAAAACUCGAGUAAUGGUCCCAAACAGGAUUAA